CUAGUUCACAGUAUGAUAGUAAAUUAAGAGGACGUAAAUUGUCGCAAAUGUGUCCAACAUAACGACUGUCUGACCUGCUUUACGGUUGUCGAAAAUACUAACACGUGUGUGCUGCCUCCUUAUCAACUGUACGGAAGAUACAUCUGCGUCUAUAAAACCUAAAAAUGGCCAAAAGUCUGCGAAGCAAAUGGAAGCGGAAGAUGCGUGCUGUGAAGAGAGCGAAGAACGCCCCUAAGGAACUGGCUCGGCUGAAGCAAGCCUUAGCCCACGGUGGCACAGGAGAGAUCUCCAUGAAUGACAUUCAGGACAUAGCUACAGUGGUGCCAGCUGGGAAGAUAAAGGAGAAGAAAGUGGAUGUAGACAUGGAGGCAGAGGAAGUCGAUGAUGGAAAGAUGGACAUGGACAGCAAGCGCAGUAAGACGACCCAGUUGGACGAGCACGGACAGUACCCAACAUGGAUGAGCCAACGACAGGCCAAGAAACUGAAAGGCAAACGCAUGACAAAGAAAUCAGGAGGAAAGGCAAAAAAAAAAGAAAUCCUGGAGCCUGAAAACCAAAGGACCAACUUAAACCUGUGA